GCAUAUUAAGUGGAGCACUUGCAAUAUCUGCUCGUGGUUGCUAGGGGAAGUGACGUCACGGACCAACCCAUUCUCACGACGGAGAAAAAAAAAACUAGCAUAACGAUUUAGCGGAGCCGAACGAGAACUGACCAAGAGUUGAAAUCCGUUUCAAUCCUCUCUUUUUGGGGACAAAAAUGAAAUCUCAAAGGUAGAGAACAUAAACUAGGUAUAUUACCCUUUCGAUUGAUACCAAAAUUAUAUGUCUUUUUUUUCCGGACAAGCAAAUAAGGGAUGGUGAAUUUUGGAUCGUACAGAAGAAACCGAUUCCGGGGAGAAAAGAAUUGAGAAUUGCUGGCUUGUCAACCACUUGACGAAGGUGGUAAAAUUAACAAUAGGUGGAAAUUUAAGUGUAUUAAAGACGAGGAAAAGUUGAAUUUACAUAGCCAGCGACAAAAUGGAACUUAGAGUCGGGAACCGAUACAGACUCGGCAGAAAAAUCGGAAGUGGUUCGUUUGGGGACAUCUAUUUAGGCACAGAUAUUUCUGUGGGCGAAGAAGUUGCCAUUAAGUUGGAAUGCGUGAAGACCAAGCACCCCCAGCUUCACAUUGAAAGCAAGAUCUACAAAAUGAUGCAAGGAGGAGUGGGUAUUCCAACUAUAAAAUGGUGUGGAGCAGAAGGUGACUAUAAUGUCAUGGUGAUGGAGCUGCUGGGACCCAGUCUGGAGGAUCUCUUCAAUUUUUGCUCCCGCAAGUUUAGCCUCAAGACGGUCCUUCUUCUCGCUGAUCAAAUGAUCAGUCGCAUCGAGUACAUCCACUCCAAGAACUUCAUCCACAGAGAUGUGAAGCCAGAUAACUUUUUGAUGGGGCUGGGCAAAAAGGGCAAUUUGGUCUACAUUAUUGACUUUGGCCUGGCUAAGAAAUAUCGCGACGCCCGCACUCACCAGCACAUCCCCUACCGCGAGAACAAGAACCUGACAGGAACCGCACGAUACGCAUCAAUCAACACCCAUCUGGGGAUCGAGCAGUCCAGGCGUGAUGACUUGGAGUCCUUGGGCUAUGUUCUUAUGUAUUUUAAUUUGGGCUCCCUGCCUUGGCAAGGCCUCAAGGCUGCCACCAAGAGGCAAAAGUACGAACGGAUUAGUGAGAAGAAAAUGUCCACCCCCAUUGAGGUUCUAUGCAAAGGAUACCCUUCUGAAUUUGCCACCUACCUGAAUUUUUGCCGUUCCCUGCGCUUCGACGACAAGCCUGACUACUCGUACCUACGGCAGCUUUUCCGGAAUCUUUUUCACAGACAGGGAUUCUCUUAUGACUAUGUGUUUGACUGGAAUAUGCUCAAAUUUGGAGCCAACCGUGCAGCAGAGGAAGCAGAACGAGAGCGCCGUGACCGAGAGGACAGGCUGAGACAUGGCAGGAACCCGGCCACUAGAGGAGUUCCCGCAGCAUCGGGACGGCCUCGGGGAGCCCAAGAUCGAGCCCCGCCCACACCGCUCACGCCCACUUCACACACAGCUUCCCCACGUCAAGCAUCCGGUAUGGAACGGGAGCGAAAAGUCAGCAUGCGACUGCACCGCGACGCCCCCGUCAACGUUUCCUCUUCAGAUCUCACCGGACGACAAGACACCUCGCGCAUGUCCACCUCACAGAAUAGCAUUCCUUACGAACAUCACGCCAAGUAGACGCUCGCCACAUACUUGUGUGACCGUGGCAACGCUGGAUGGUGUCAAGCGCACUGCCUGCCGGUCUCCAUCCUCUCGCUCCUCGGUGAGCCAGUCCCUCUGAGACACAGACACUAAUAGUACAGUACUACCGCCGCUCUGAAUUACUACUGCAACAGCUACCGUGGGAAGCCACCUCACUUCAACCAGCUAAACUGGAAGUGCUUUCUUACUGACUGCUCUCAGUACUGUCAAUUUAAGGUGUUCUCUAUUCGCCCUUCACCAGCCUGGCCCCCUUUUUUGUUGUCGUCUCAGUCAGAGUCUUGGACGUUUUUCUGUCCACUUUUGCAGGAGAUAUCUGGACAACUUGUACUGAUCCUCCCCAAUCUAAUCACCGUUUUUCUAAGCAUGUCUUCAGACAAUGAUUGUGUCCAUGGCCAUCAUGGUUACUUCCAGGUCCUUGUCACCGGCUCAACUGAUGGCUCAAUGUUUUUACUGUCUCAUCAUGGGAAUAAAUAUAAGUGGUGUUGCACCGGUAUGGUACCGAUACGGCACUAAAAUGUUUUCAUCUUAUCAGUGAGUGCUAAGAAAUAACGCGUUGAUGUCACAUCCGUGAAGUUGGCCCUCCAUCAGAUGCAAAUUCAUAUAAAAAUAAUGUCCAUCAUUUGUGCUUGUUUGUACUGUAAUCAUUUUUAGGAUAUUUACAAUUCUUUUAUAGGUCAAUCUGAGGUCAACCAGCCCCCCAUUUUGUUUAAAAAUGACUGAAGAUGGUGCCGUUUGGUUAUGCUACAUUUGCGCUUUAAAAAAAAAAUGUUUGUGCUGCUAUCGUUUUAUAGAUAUUGAUAUAUUAAUUUCGAGUGUUGACAUCAACAAACCGGCGAGCGGAGGGGUUGAGAGAAUGCAACAGGGCCAAGAACGAACGAGAACGAAAAAUGGGUAUUUUCCAUGUAGCAAAAUGGAUUUUUCCAUGUGGCAAAAUGGAUUUUUCCAUGUGAACAUUUUUUUGCCAUGUGGCAAAAUGGACUUUGACAUGUGGCAAAAUGGACUUUGACAUGUGGCAAAAUGGAUUUUGCCAUGUGAAAUUUUUUUUGCCAUGUGGCAAAAUGGACUUUGACAUGUGGCAUUUUUUUUGUCACCUGGCAAAAUGGAUUAUGACAUGUAGCAAAAUGGGUUUUGCCAUGUGGCAUUUUUUUGCCAUAUGGCAAAAUUGAUUGUGCCACCUGGCAUUUUUCUUGCCACGUGGCAAAAUGGAUUUUGCCAUGUGGCAUUUUUUUCUGCCAUGUGGCAAAGUUGAUAGUGCCAUGUGGCAUUUUUUUCUGCAAUGUGGCAAAAUUGUUUUGGCAUUUUUUUUGCCUUGUGGCAAAAUGGAUUUUGCCAUGUGGCAUUUUUUUCUGCCAUGUGGCAGAAUUGAUAGUGCCAUGUGGCAUUUUUUUCUGUCAUGUGGCAAAAUUGAUUGUGCCAUCUGGCUUUUCUUUUUUUUUUUUUUUUGCCAUGUGGCAAAAUUGAUUUUGGCAUGUGUUUUUAUUUUUAUUUUUUUUAUUUUUUUUUGCCAUGAGGCAUUUUUUUGCAAUGUGGCAUUGUUUUUUGCCUUGUGGCAAAAUGGAUUUUUGCCAUGUGGCAUUUUUUCUUCCAUGUGGAAAAAAUUGAUUGUGCCAUGUGGGAUUUUUUUUUUUUUUUGUUUGGGGCAAAAUGGAUUUUGCCAUGUGACAAAAACAAUGCUACAUUGCAAAAAAAUGCCUCAUGGCAAAAAAAAAUGCCACAUGGCAAAAUCCAUAUUUCCACAUGGCAAAAUACCACCUUUGGUUCUCACUGUCUGAGAUUGAGCGGCACAGAGUAGAUUUUGUUUUUUGCUUGCUCAAUAAAUUUUUCUGUGCUCACAAUCCAUUAUUGCUCGCUAAUGGUGGCAGCAAUAUAACACCAUACAUUUUGGAAUAAAUGGGGGCUGUGUGACGUCAUCACUUGAAAUUAAUAUCUCAAUAUCUAUAAAAUGAUAGCAGCCCAAACUAAAUUUUUUACUGCAUAGACAAUUGACACAAUUUUUAGCCAUUUUUAAUCAAAAUGGGGUGCCGGUUGACAUCAGAUUAACCUAUAAAUUAAUUUUAAAUGUCUUAAAAACGAUAGCAACACAAACAAACCUGUUUACAGCACAAACGAAUGACAUUUUUAUAGAAAUUUGCAUCCGAUGGAGGGAGCCAACAACACGGAGGUGUUGAUGCCAUGCAUUAUUUACUCUUUGAUAGCUACUUUCCAACAGCCAGUUGCCCUACCCAAGAUGGCCACCGUAAAAAAAACAAAAAAAGAGCACUUGUUGCUCUUUCCAAUACGACAAUAGAUGUCCAAUCAUGUCACGUCCAGUCAUCCUUCUGUAAAUUUCAAUGACUUGAUCACUAGUAGACGUUCAAACCUGCCAAUUAGUUUAUCACUAAUAGACGUCCAAUCAAUUUACAGUAUUGACAUUGGCAGAUACCACAUGGCCAGUUAUCAAAAUCUGUAUCAGAGGCCAAAAAAUUGUAUCGGUGCAACACUAAUAUGUCCAAAUUUGGUAUUAUGUAGUUUCAGGGUGUGUGUAAAUGAAUACAUACACGCACACACACAGUGAAUGUACCAAACAUACUUUGGUAUUACAGACACAAGAAGCUUAAUAUCUUUUUAAUUUGAUGCAUUUUUGUUGUCCACGGUGCAGUGUCCAGCGGGCCUUUGCCUUUCUUAGUGCUGAAAAAAAAACUGCACUUGAGGAAAGUUAGCCUCAUUUGACACUUCUGACCCGAUUUCUAUUCGCUGUGUACAGAUAAAACAUUUUGCUCUGUCUUUGUAAUGUUUGAAGCUGUGAAAUACUUGCAAUGUAGAUGUGUAAAUAGUUUUGUUUUUCAUCUUCCGAGUUAGGAACGGCAUUCUUUGGAAGCUUGGGUUUAGCAGGCCGGCUUCAGCAAGGUUAGGCAGCCAUAAUUGUGUGUAGCGUGUACUUGUUGUGUGUGUAUCUGAUCACCGAAUCCCCACACACUUUUUUUUUUUUUUGUCUCAGAGCAGUGCUAGUCACAGCCACUGUACUGAAUGUGGCCAAGUCUUUUACAUACAUUUGGCUGUCAGGGGUACUUGUCAGUAUGAGAGGUGAGUUUUUUCUUAUCCGUUUCAAUUAUGCAAUUUGCUAUGUAAGGGGCAAAGUUUGUUUUUGCAUGCUUCUCAAGCUGAAUGUUUUUUUUUG